AUGCCGUCAAGGAACGUUAGGAUGUGGGUGGCAGACCUUGAGGAGAUCAGGGCAGGCACUGCUCUGUCCUGGUCCCCUAACCUUGAGGCGCAGCUCCGCGCUGCUUUUGAGGAGGCUUCGGGCCAACCGCGUAUCACGCGAGCUGAGGCAUGUGAUGCCGUUGCCAUAUGUGGAUUUCCGGCAUUGUUUUGGCUCGACUUCGGAUACCGGUAUAUGGAAGCAAACAGGGUCUACUGGACCAUCCAGAGGCUCCACAACAUUCCGGUUUGGGUGGCCACCCAGGGGAGCAUCUACUUCGUAGAUCGCACACUUCAUGUCCCCGUAGCUGACCAGCGGAUUCUCGGCGAAGAAUGGGCGACCGGCACUGUACGCAAUACAUUUGCCGCCCCGGGCUUGCGCCUGCACGAGUGGGUUGAGGAACGACGAGAGCUGGUUUGGCAUGUGGCUGUUUCGGGGCUGCAGCACCUUUUUGAUUCGGAUACUGAAGGUGAGGAUUACGGCUAUGAUCCAUGGGAGUUCGACACAUGGAGUUCGGCCGGCUGCAGCACCCAGGUUGACUCCCGAUCCGAAUUCGGCGAAGCGUGGGAGGCCGAAAUGGGGGAGUCUCAGGUUGAUGAAGGGUUUCAGCAGGACCAGUGGGAGGUUGAGUCAGUGCCUGCUUCACUAGUGGGCCCCAAGGAGCGUGUUGCGCGGAUCCGUUUGUGGGAUGACCCUUCCAUUGAUGGUGACGAGUUGGCGGAGUAUGAACGUCGGAUUGAGCAGUUUUGGGAGGAGCAAGAGAUGAGGGAGUUUGAUGAAAUGGACGGCAGGAUGUUCGAUGAGAUGUCGGCGCCUUACGAGAUCUCGGUCGAGGGAGAGGCCCGGCAAUUGGUGAUUGAAGAGGACAUGUGGAGCUGCGAGUCAAUCACCCAUGACUACGAGGCUGACGGCCUCCAUUUCGUCCCGUGUGGGUUCGGAGGUAGUGCACUUAACGACAUGGUGCACUAUUUGACCAGCAAUCACGUCGUCGAGACGGUUUCUGAUGAGGCUUCGAACACGACUACGAUUGUGGAGCAUUGGACCUUAAAGCGCACGGCCCUCGGGCUUCUCGCAUUUUGGUUGACAAUUUUUGGAGCCCUCGGAUUCUUUGUCAGCCAAGUGCUGCCACCCGGCAUGGUUCCCUGCUGCUUAGCAGGACCCACCAUUCGCCUCGAGCAAAUGGUCGGUGCCAGGGAGAAUUUCUUCGGCGCUAUUCAUUCGCCGUUCCAGACCAGAGGAACCCAGCCUGAGGAUUUGCUCUGUGCGUUCGCGCCCUCGAACGUGUCUGAGCAUUGUGUGAAUACAUUUCUCGUCGCCAGGACCGGCGAGAGAUUCGGAGCCUCAGCAGAGGACCAAACUGACUACGUGCACAGGAAGGUGGACCCGAGAACAAAGGAGAAGAGAUGUGAGUGCAAGCCGUGGCAGGCUACGAAGGAUUACGUGAGGGGAAUCCUCGAUUGGUUCGUCGAGGCGGUAGAAUUCCUGGGAAAGGCCCUCUCAGCAUUCUUCGGUGCUGCUUCAACGGCCCUAUUGACGAAGGGAGCCACGCUGUGUUGGGCUCUUGCACUGUUUGCUUGGUGGAAGCAAGGGGCCCUUCAAGUCGAGGUGGUUCGGGAGCAGCUGGGUGAGGAUGUUCUCGCGGAGCUCCAUCGACGAAUGCGGGUAUACCUCCAUGGUGCUGAAGCUUGGCGAGAUGAACGUGGGGCAAGGGAUGAUCGACGAGGUGAUGAGGGGUUUUCUGAUUCUGGAGCCGAGUCUUGA